AUAGUAAUGUUACUUUGACUGAAUAGGCCAAUUUAGCAACAAAAAAUCAAUUAAAGGAAAUAUGGACUUAUGAAGAAACAAGAUGAAUAAAAUUAGAAGAGGAAUGGAUAAUGAUGAGAAAAUUAAUUUCUACCAACCGAGUAAACAUGCGCGCGCAAUAACAGCUCCUCAAGAAGCCCUUUCCCUUCCUGCAUUCUAUUUCUUCUUCUCCAAUACUAUCUCACAUUUGUUUGGACAAAGUUUCCUUUGCAUUUGCUGCAGUCUGAAUUUCUUGGCAUUUCCUGCACUGUCAAGAAUUUGGAUCUUUCUCCCUCUGCCAGGCUCUGUCUUUCUCCCUGAUGGGAGAUCUAACACCGGAUAUUCACACCAUCGUUGGAAGCCCAAAAUCUGCAUCCCCCAAAGGUAUUCUUAGAUCAUAUAAAUCUCUUGUGAUGAAAUGGAACACCGGCAAAAGUUCAUCCUCCAAAGCAAACACAUGCAGUGGAGAUCAUGAUCCAAAAGCAGCAAAGGAGAAGAAGUCAUUCAACACCCGGAAAUAUAAUUAUGAUAAGGAGGAGGAGGAGGAGGAGGAGGAGGAGUUCCAGAUUUCUAGUCCGACGCUCCUAUCGCAUACCACAAGCAGGAUCACCCACAUCAGUCCAGAAUUGUCCAGAUGUUCAAGCCAGAUACCAACGGAUUCCCAGAAUGAUGGUAAAUUCUAUACUCCUGGCCUGGGGCUCCUUUCACGUACCACAAGCGGAAUCAGCCCCUUGCCAAGUCCAAAAUCAUCCAAAACUCCAAGCCGGACAAUCACACCACCAAAGGAUUUCUAUGAUGAUGAUGAGUUCCAGAUUUCUGCACCGACGCUCCUUUUACGUGCCACAAGCCAAAUCAACCCCAUGCCAAGUCCAACUAUGUCCAAAAAUUCAGGCCGCACAACCGGUAAUGAUGAUGGGUUCCACAUUUCUCACCCAGAGGCCCUUUCACGUAGCACAAGCCAAAUUGACCACAUGCCAAGUCCAUAUGCGUCCGGAAGUUCAAGGCAGACUCCACCACCAACAGAUUUCCAGGAUGAUGAUAAGUCCAGCAUUUCUAAGCCAAAGCUCCUAUCACGUACCACAAGCCGAAUCAACCCCAUGCCAAGUCCAAAUCUAUCCAAAAGUUCAAACAGGACAAGCACUACUCCACCAGCAGUGGAUUCUCAUGAUGAUGACGACUUCCAAAUUUCUAAGCCAGUGCUCCUUUCACGUACCGUGAGCCAAAUAAGCCCCAUGGCAAGGCCAAAUUUAUCCAGAUGUUCAACUCGAGCACAAAAUGUUUCAUCACCAAUAGAUAUCCAUGAAUCGUCAUCAGGCGGGAGCACUCCAUCAAAAGAACAAACAUCUCUACCAAAAGUAGCAAGCUCAAUAAGCACAACCCCCAUUUUCUUCUCACAAUCCAUGGUUCGGAAAAAACCUAAGCCCAUUGAGAAGAAGCUUGAAUGCACCCUUGAGGAGUUGUGCCUUGGAUGCGUCAAGAAGAUCAACAUUACAAGGGACGCCAUCUCAAGCAGUGGAUUAAUUGUUCAAGAAGAAGAGAUGUUAUCAAUCAAAGUGAACCCAGGGUGGACAAAAGGAACAAAGAUCAUGGUAGAAGGGAAGGGAGAUGAGAGACCGGGCACCUUACCAGCUGACAUUAUCUUUAACAUUGAAGAAAAAAUUCAUCCAAUGUUUCAACGAGAAGGGGACGAUUUGGAGCUAGGAGUUGAGGUCCCACUGGUGCAGGCUCUCACAGGAUGCACAAUUUCUGUGCCUCUAUUAGGAGGAGGAGAAAUACCCCUGUCAAUAGACGACAUUAUCUAUCCCGGAUACGAGAAGAUCAUUCCUGGACAAGGCAUGCCAAAAUCCAAAGAAGAAGGAAGGAGAGGAGACCUAAGACUCAAGUUUUUGGUUGGAUUUCCAGAUGAAUUGAGCGAUGAACAACGUUCCGAAGUUGUCAGCAUUUUGGAAUGUUCAUGAGAUCAUUGAAUUCCUGGCUUUUCCCAAUCUUCUGACUAUUUUACCUUUCAGUGGUUAUUGCUUUAAGGAUAACUUUGGACUUGCCAGCACACUAACACAAUUCCUUCAAGUUUUAGGUUGGUAGACUUGUAUAAUUAUACAUGUGUCUCAGGUUGUACGAGGCAGUGUCAGAAAAAGAAACAACAGUGGAGAUCUCUGAAGUUCUCUUCAGCUUCUGCCUUA